UUUUGCUUUUACCUGCAGCAUCGAAUUGUACCAAAACGUAGACAAGAUCUGUAUUAAAAGAAUGUAACACUUUAUAUACAUAUACUGAUUUCUUACGCAUGAAGUUUCAUGAUACUACAGCACUUACCAAGCUUAACACAAUUGCAGUUUGUAAGAGAUAUCACACAGGAAGCGUUUGCUGAAUUUCCUUUACAUCAAGGCCAUUAGUGAGGGAUACAACUGUAUGAAACAAAUUCAUGAAGAACAGAGAUGUCAAAAAAAAUUGGGAAUGGAAACUAGCUGCACUAAACAUUGUAGGCAUCUUGUAUUUUGUUAUAUUAUCCAUCAGCUCAUUAAUAAUUAAUCUCUUCAUCACAAUGCCAGAUGCCUUUGGAUAUGACCCACAACUUCUGUUCUAUAGCCGUGCAUCUGUUGUGUAUAUCUUCAUUGUUCUCAUUUUGAACUAUUUAUGCCUGGUCUACUUCAAGAAACACUCUUAUGUGUCAUCGGCACACAGUGCAUUACCAAAAUUCAUUUCACAGGAGCCAGGUGGUUUCCAAACAUGCAACAGAUGUGCACUUUUUUGUCCACCACGGGCCAAACAUUGUCCACUGUGUCAGCAUUGUGUCUUGAAGCGAGAUCACCAUUGUUUCUUUGGAGGCUGCUGUGUUGGAUUCCACAACCAAAGAUAUUUCAUUGUCUUUUGUUUUUAUGGCAUUGUUGGAGCUCUGUACACCACUGCGGUUACCUUUCGGUACCUAAGUAAAUAUUAUGUUAAUGUGCUAAGUCUUCAGGUGUAUUCUUAUUUUUUACCAUUCUUGCUGUGGAACUGGACAGUAGGUCAAGUGCAGGCUAACAUUGUUGCUAUGGUGAUAUAUGGCUUCUUUUGUUUUUUCGCGUUAUGUGGCUGUUGCUAUUAUUUUGCUUUUCAGUGCAUGCUUCUUGUAACGGGGCAAACUUCUUAUGAAUAUGUCAAGGGUAUUACAGAGUACAAGCGCCCACUGCUGGUAAACAUAGCCUCAGUCUUUGGACCAUUUUGGUUCUUAAACUUCAUAUUUCCAGUCCCUUGCUUGAAGAGUGGUGAGGAUGGAAUUAACUGGAGGGAACAUUUAGACUUGAAAAAUAGAUAAGUAAUAAUAAAGAAGAUUGAUAUAUGUUAUUUCCUGAUUAAAGGUGUAUAUCUGACAUCAGAUAAUCAACACGUCCAUUAAGUCUCUAACAUUCUGGAAUGUGUCUGGAAAAUUGUUUACCCUAAUGUUUUAAUGAUGCAGUUGUUCUGCAAAUGUGCUUUGCAAAAAUUGAUGAAAGGGACUGAGACACAGUCUGAGAUGUAAUGUCUAAUCUCUAAACUAGCUACAGAAUGACAAUUAUUAUUUAUUAAAUAGAAAAACUUGCAAAAUAAUUGUUUAAAUUCCCAGUCAGUUUUUUCCUUCCCCAUCGCAUAGUUGUUAACCUGUGAUGGAGUUAAGGCCAGACCAAGUCAAAUGUGAACUACAGUUUAAAACUGCUGGCAAGUUAACAUAUCACUGUUAUUUGUUACAAAAAUACUUCCUGCAUUUUUUUUUACAUUUUAUGAAAAGAAAAUGUAAUGGAUAUUGGUGUAGAUAUCUUUUUGGUUGAGGUGUUAUUGAGAAAGUUACAAGAACAUUCCAGCUGAUCUCAGUAACAGAAGUUUUGAAUACAAAAGCAUAGUAUUUGCAUUCACACUAAUUGAAGUCCUAUACUCUAAUGUAGAUUUUAUUUUUAGAUUCUUUAAAAAUUUACCUACACCCUUAGUUUUUAUAUCCUGCUGAAAUAUUCUGAAUAACAUUCUGGAGAUUUGCUGUUCAGUUUCACAUCCAUUUUACUUUGCUGUUUGUUGAUUAGCACUGCUGAUAAUGGAUAAUAUUAAUCUAAUCAAGGUGCACUCCAAAGGUAUUGUAAAUAUGUAUUACCUAAUUAUAGUCCGCUGUUGGAGUUUUAUUUUUGACUUAUAUGUUGCUGAGAUCAUAACAGGAUUGUUUUGAUGAAAUGUAUUUUUUUAAUCAAGUUUAUUGUAUCUAAACAAAUUUCUUUGCAAAACAAUGGGUGAUGUCUAACUAACAAAUCAGCAAUAAAAAGGUGUAUUUUUUUUCUGAUGAAAUAUAAGUGAAAUUUAAA